UGAUUCAGAUGACUUAUUUUUCAUUUCGCCUUAGCGUAACGUAUUUUUUGUAUGGUCCUAAUCUGUAAUCUGCAUGCAUCGUAUGCAUUCGAUGCAUUCCUGUGACAGAUAGUUUGACAGCUGAUGUUCGUCAUGUUGAUUGCUUUCCGUCGUGAACUUUUGUUUUGAUCUGAGAGUUAACGGUACUUUUGUACAUCGAUUGUUUAUUUAUGCUUUACAAAAAUCAAACAAUCUCGUUUGUCGAACAGGACAAAUUCAUGUAAUUCCGGUGGAUUAUUCCUAAUGUAGAAGUAACUCCUAUGUACCAGCGCGGAAGGAAAACUAUUUCAGUCAGCAGGGGCUAUAACCGUUCAAUCAAGACCUAUUCAUUUAAUCAGCAUAAUAGCAAAUAAAAAUACAGUCGGAAUGAUUGUGUUAUCGCAAAGAAUAUCAAAACUAAGUGCAACGCUGAUCGUCUCUGAUGCCACACCGAGUGUUCUACAUUAACAUGCAUUCAACCAAAACUCUGGUUUUAUCAGUAAGUCAAACCAUUUUUCCAAACGACCGCUAAAGAAGAAGUUCGGCAAAGCCAUCAACAUCAUCAAGCAUUGUGUUUUUUGCUAAAAAAUAAUAUGGACAAUCGAACACUUCUGAAUCCGGUACAUGCUCAUCCAAACCUGGAAGUCCCAUCAAAUCGCUCACAACAUGCAUCCAUCGUUUCGAAGAUCAAUGAUUCGCAACCACAUCAUACCGUCAUGAGAACACCAGAAAUUAUCACUGUUCGUAUUAUGGACACCAAUGCUGAUGAUCCCGAUAAUAACAAAAUGGAGUGUGCAGCAGCCGAGCCCACAGAUGUAAUAUACAACUCAAUCCAAACCAGCGAAUUAGCAAACAUUACCGAACCUCAAAUAGCAGUUGCUGAGAAUCUAAGCAAAAUUCAAGUAGCCGUGCAAGAUCCAGAACAAACAGAGAUGAUAAACGAGGAUAUUGAUGUGCAAGUUGCAGGCAGUAGUGCUGAAAACAAAUCUGUGGAUGCCAAUGAAAAGCGGUAUCAUCCAGAUGGCGUACAAGUCCAAAAAAGUAGGAAGAAACAUGCUUCAACAGAAAUGAAGUUCCGAUGUUUUAACGUAAACUGGUCCAAAAUUAGUGAUCAUGUUCUAGUUCGCUUGCGAGCUAUGCAAGACUUUAAAAAUGCCAAUCAUGGCUCUGUCAUGCCUGUGUCAUUGCGUAUCACUAAGAAGGAAAUAACUACACUAACAACCGGCGUAGUUGAUCAACUACGAAUGAUCGACUCAGAGAUAGGAGCGAAUAUCAUGGAGGAUGUAUCACGCCAAAUUCUCCAAAAAUAUCCGUGUUUGGACCAUACGGACGAUGACGGUUUCGGAGCUGGCCAAGGGUACGUAGAACUCAAAUAUAAAAUGAUCAACCGGAACAACUACCUGAACCGAUUCAAAACUGCUGUAACCGUGCCUGAAAAUGCCAUACCAUUGAAGAAGUGCCGAAAUGUACGGGCAGGAACCCUGAAAGAAUACUGGACAAAAUCAAGCUGCGAAACCAACAAAGUGAUUCUUUCAAAUCUUGCUAAAGAUGAACCAGCACUGAUCACAGACGUGUUUCUGCAGGAAUCACAGGCCUACAUCAGAUUUCGCCUAGAUGAGAAAAUAAAUACAGCGAGUAUGAUCAGCCAACUUCCUAUCUUAAGAAGACGAGGACUUCUGAAUUUCCAUUUUGAAAAAGCAACUGGCGUAGACGUAAGCGUGUUUCGGAAGUAUUUUCUAUCUAAAAAAGAGAAAAUUAUUUCAUAUUCGCUUUCGUGCAAACCGAACCUUCAUUUGAAGAAAACAUCAUCUGAUCUUGAAGUUUUGAAGUUUCUGUGUGCACUAGUCGGCGAGAACUUCAAUGAUUUGGUUCGCGAGAAGGAGAUUGGUACCCGCCUCGAUUGUAUUACUGUAGGCUGUCCAGGACCUAUGCUGGUUACUGUUGAUACUGGAAACGGCAACACCAUGUUCUAUGUUUAUGCGAACGAAACGCGGCUUUCUGAGGGCGCAUGCGAUAUAUCUACCGCAGUAGAGGAUCUGUUUUCAAUACAUUUCGUACAUAAUUUUAUGUACCCGAAGCCAGUUUCGAAGUUCAUGGAAUUAUUACAAGAAUAUUUUUUCAAGAUAAUAACUCUGAUCGGAUCAAAAUCGACUGCAACUCGUGUUGGUCAGAGACAGCGUGUCGUUCGUAAAAUUAUAACUGCCCUAUCAAAUUACGAAAUGAGUGAACAAACCGACCAAUGAUUGCUUGCAUUUAUCACGUCCACACAUAUGCUCAACAAUUUGAUAUAAACAAAUAAAACAUUAAAGACAAGUAUCAAGUCCACAA